AUGGCCGAGAACUCCGGCUUUGCUCACUCGGAUGGUUCUACUGCGUUCACUUCGGCUGUAGCUUGUGCAUUACAGGCAAAUAACCCACUACUGUGCACUGGGGGGGGGGGGGGGGCUCAGGUCAAUGGCACAACAGCCACCACAUCCCACACUUCACUAGGAGCAGCCCUGAGAGCCAGCACAGAUAUUCAAGGAACAUUCAUCAGCCGCUCCAGCAGAGUGGCUACAAUUAACUGCCAGUUCGGCAUGCAACCAGGUCUGAGCAUGCAGCCCCAGAAGCCUGGUCCACAUCCUGGCAUGGGAAUGGUCACCACUGAGGAGCAUCGAGUGCCUGACAAGAUGGUCGGACUCAUUAUCGGAAAAGGUGGUGAGCAGAUCAUGCGGUUGCAGGCAGAGACGGGCUGCAAGGUUCAGAUUGCUCCUGACAGCGGUGGUUUGCCAGACCGACCUUGCACCCUAACAGGAAGUCCCAUGGCAAUUAUGAGUUGUAAGCAGGCCAUCAAUCAGAUCAUUGAGCGAGGCCAGGGCCUGCCACAGAUGGGCGGCAUGGAUGCCAUGGGGGAAGGGAGCACGCUGGUGGAGAUCAACAUCCCAGGCACCAAGGUUGGCCUCAUCAUUGGCAAGGGUGGCGAGACCAUCAGACAGUUGCAGGAGAGGGCAGGAGUCAAGAUGGUGAUGAUACAAGACAGCAACGCUCCCUCGGCCCACGACAAGCCCCUGCACAUCACGGGUGAGCCGGCAAAAUGCCAGCGGGCCAAGGAGUUGGUCUUGGAGCUUCUGGCGGAGAAAGAUGGCAUGCCCAGGUCCAACUCUGGUGGCUACAACGACUUUGGCUCCUCAAUGGGCUCUAUGGGACACGGAGGUGGUUCCAGUGGCAUGGAUAUAGCGGUGCCUCGUCAAGGUGUCGGCCUGGUUAUUGGCAAGGGAGGUGAUAUGAUCAAGAAGAUUCAGACGGACACUGGAGCCAAGGUUCAGUUUAAGCCAGAUGAUGGCCAGAGCCAGGACAGACUGUGCUCAGUGACUGGGUCUCCGGACAAAGUGCAGUCGGCCAUCAGCCUCAUCCAGGAUCUGCUGGCUAAAGCUAACAUCAUGGGGGGACAACCUGUUCAGAAUUUUGGUGGCUCCCUGGGGCCUGGGAACGACAUGGGCCGUAUUGGUCCAGGCAACGGGCCCUUCUCUCCCCCAGGCCGUGGGGGAAUGGGUGGCAGGUUUGAGCAGAACUUCCAGGACCAUACAACGUUUGUGGUUCCUGCAGACAAGUGUGGCCUUGUCAUAGGCAAAGGUGGUGAGACUAUACGAGAGAUUAACCGUCAGUCUGGAGCCCACGUAGAGCUGGACCGUAACCCACCUCCAAACAUCAAUGAGAAGCUGUUCAACAUCCGAGGCAACCCUGCUCAAAUCCAGCAUGCUAUUCAGCUGAUCCAGGAGAAGACUGGCCAGCAAGGAGGACAUAAUGAUUCCUUGCGUAUGACUCAUGGGCCUGGAGGUGGACCAGGUGGUAUGAUGGGUGGUCCAGGUGGACCCAACGGACCUCCUGGUGGGCCAGGGCGUCUUGGUGGACCCGGCGGACCCGGACCCCAGGGACCAGGCUAUGACCAGUUUGGUGGGCAGUUUGGACAGCCAAACCAGCCUGUGCAACAGCAGCAGCAGCAACAGCAACAAUAUGGUGGUGCCCCUCAAGCCUGGAAUGCUUACGGCAAUCAGUACCCUCAACAGCAGAACAUACCCAAUAAACAGCCAAACGAUGCCGCUAACGCAGCAGCUUGGGCUGCCUACUACUAUGCCACUUAUGGCCAGGGCCAGCCAGCACAGCAGCAUGCAGCCCCGCAACAGCCAGCGGCACCGCAGCAGCAACAGCAGCAGACUGCUCAGAGCACCUACCCCCAGCCAAGCAAUUCUGAUGUGUAUGAAUCUGUAGCCAUCAACCCUCAAACCGGCCAGCCGGACUACAGCCAGGCUUGGAUUGAGUACUACAGGUCACAGGGCAUGUUUCAUGAGGCCCAGAUGGUCAUGCAACAGGUGCAGUCUCAGGGUGCCGGUCAGGCCGGCCAGCCUGGUCAACCAUGA